AUGAUCUCAGAGAAGGCUGCUACCGCCUUGGCCACCGUAGCCACCGUUUGCUGGUGUGUUCAGUUGAUUCCGCAAAUCAUUUACAAUUGGAAGAAAAAAGAUUGUACUGGACUACCACCCCUAAUGAUGUUUCUCUGGGUUGUUAGUGGGAUUCCAUUUGCCAUAUACUUCUGUGUUAGUAAAGGUAAUGUCAUCCUGCAAGUUCAACCUCAUCUUUUUAUGUUCUUUUGUUCUAUCAGUUUUAUCCAAUCCUGUUAUUAUCCACCAGUUAGUAUGGCAAGGUCUAAAAUUGUUUUGAUAAUAGCCACUAUUAUUGCGGUAGAUGUUGGUAUGGAGGUUGGUUUUAUAUUAUGGCUGAGACCUCUUUAUGGGAAGGGUGUCAAAUGGCCCGACCUGAUCUUUGGUGUUUCUGCGUCUGUCUUGUUGGCUGUUGGAUUGCUUCCUCCCUAUUUCGAGUUAGCCAAAAGGAAAGGUCGUGUCGUUGGUAUCAACUUUGCUUUCUUAUCUAUCGAUUCAUUGGGAGCCUGGUUAUCUAUCAUUAGUGUUAUUCUGGGCAAUAUGGAUAUCAUGGGUAUUAUACUAUACUCCAUCGUUGCAGGAAUGGAAUUGGGAAUCUUUGCAUCUCAUUUCAUAUGGUGGUGCAGGUUUAGGCUGCUUACCAAAGACAAAAUUGUUGACGAAGAGAACGACGGAACUCAAAAGGAGGAGCAGGAUGAAAAACUUGAACAAGAGAUCGGCAAGAACGACCACAAUGUUACUAGCACCAAUAUGGACGAUCAUUCAAUUCGUGACGAUGCUUCAAGCUUUGCAGAUGAUUUGAACGUAUAUCAGAGCGCUGAUGGUGGCAUGCUGUCGAGAACCCAAACACUGCAUGCUGUUCAUGGAGUUGUCGCUAGAGCGGAGUCGGAUCACUAUUCCAGGCUGAGUCUAUAG